AUGGCAGACAAAUACAGCCCUAUUUUCCAAAUAAGGCUUGGCGCACAACAAGUCUUGGUAGUUAGCGACUCGCGAAUCGCCAAACAAUGCUUUACCACCAAUGACAGAACCCUCGCUGGCCGCCCCAAGUCCAUAGCUUCGGAGAUCAUGGGAUACAACAAUGCCAUGUUUGGAUUGGGCCCGUACGGUGAGUACUGGCGCCACGUCCGCAAGGUUGUCACGGUUAAGCUGCUAUCCAACACCCGUCUUGACGUGCUCGGGCGGGUUUUGGAAUCGGUAGUAAAAUCAUUUAACAGAGACAUCUACCAAACCUGGCUGAGGUACAAGAACAAUGAAUCCGAGGAUGUGAAGGUGGACAUGAAGGAGUGGUUUGGGAAAUUAAUCAUCAACUUCACGAUGCAAAUGCUUUAUGGUAAGCGGUACGAGGAAGAAGGGAGCCAGACAGUGAUGACGCUGAGGAGAUUCUUUGAUCUGCUGGCCACGUCUGCUGUGGGUGAUUAUCUGCCAUGGCUAAGAUGGUUGGAUAUAGGAGGACAUGAGAAGGCCAUGAAGGAGACAGCCAAAGAAAUGGACACCAUACUGGAAGGUUGGCUACAAGACCACAAAACAAAAAGAAAUACCAAAUCUAAAGAGGAAGAAGACUUCAUGGAUGGAUUGCUGUCCAGCUUUGAGGAUGACAAUAAAGAUAUUCCUAAAGAUUUUGAUGCAGACACAACUGUGAAAGCCACUUGCAUGGUUGUGAUGGCAGCAGCUACCGAUACACUUACAAUAACAUUAAUAUGGGCACUCUCUUUAUUAUUGGACAAUAACAAUGUAUUGGACAAGAUUCGGGUAGAGAUAAAGACCCAUGUUGGAAGGGAAAGCGGUGAUCAAAGAGACUUUGCGUUUAUAUAUCCUAUUGGUCCUCUCUUAUUGUCCCAUGAAUCUAUAGAUGAUUGCAUGGUCAAUGGUUACUGCAUCCCAAAGGGUACACCCGUAUUGGUGAAUAUUUCUAAGGCUCACCGCGAUCCAAAUUUUUGGUCAGAUCCGGAUGUGUUUAGGCCGGAGAGAUUCAUGAGCGAACAUAAAAAGAUUGAUGUUAGGGGUAAUUAUUUUGAGCUAAUUCCAUUUGGCAGUGGAAGGAGAAUGUGUCCUGGGAUUUCCUUAGCACUACGAGUGUUGGAGUUGGCCUUGGCAAAUUUUAUUCAUUCAUUUGAUUUAAAAAGAAUUUCAAAUGAGGCUAUAGAUAUGACAGAGAGUGCUGGAUUGGUAAAUAUGAAGACAACUCCACUCUAUGCUUUUCUUACUCCACGCCUGCCUUCACAUCUCUACGAUUAG